GACAAAAAUUGAUGCGUUCUAAAAAUGAGAUUUGCCUAUACUUGCUUUUCACUGGAGACAUUAAUUUCACCGUUACUCUGUUUGGACACACAAACUCCUACUAUUGAAUGAGAAAGUGUCCAAACCUUUGACUGAUACUCUAUAUAUACUGUCCAUAAAGAGUUUCAAUUAAUUUAAUGAAAAAACUCAUUUCCAUGCAAUGCAUGGUCAAGAUUCUCUGUGACGGUGUGACGAACCAACAGUAAACAAAUCUUUAACGUCAUUGUGAUGUGAAACGUAUCAGCUUACUCGGGUAGUUGGAGAUCAAUAUUGGUGAGACCACCACACUAGCCUGGUCAUUGUUUGCUGCUCUUCCCUCCACAUCGCUCUUGCUCCUCUUUGUCUCAUCUGAAGAUACCUUUCCUAAUAUAUUAUAUUCAUUAGAACAUUUAAGCGGGACACGGGGAGGAUUUUAAGCUUGAUGUCUCUCAUUUGGCUGAUGCUGUUGUCAGGCCAUCUGGCUGACAGUGUUCUGGAGAAGCCCAAAAGAUCGGCCUUGAAUCAGCUGACCAGAAACCUCCUGAGGAAGUAUGACUGCGGAGUCCGCCCGGUUCACAACUGGACCAGCGCCACCACCGUCUACGUAGACCUCAUCCUACAGUCUGUCCUUGAAGUGGAUGGAAAAACCCAGAGUGUUACCACAAGUAUUUGGUAUCGACAGAUCUGGACAGAUGAGUUCCUGGUUUGGGACCCAGAAGAAUUUGACGGUAUUAAUGAAAUUUCCCUGUCUUCCGAUGCCAUCUGGAUACCUGAUAUCAUCGUUAGUGAAUUCGUGGACGAGGGGAAGUCCCCACCCAUCCCAUACGUCUACGUCAACUCUUCGGGCUGGGUCAAGAACUACCGGCCCAUGCAGGUGGUCCUGGCCUGCAGCCUGGAGAUGUACGCCUUCCCCUUCGACAAGCAGAACUGCAGCCUCACCUUCCGUAGCUGGCUCCACUCAGUGAGGGAAAUUGACCUGGCUCUGUGGAGAAGCGCAGAAGACAUCGCUAAUGAUCAGAGGGAGUUUAUGAAUGAUGGCGAGUGGGAGCUGCUGUCCAUACCAUCACGUUACUGGCUCCUCCAGCAGGACGGCGCAGACUACGCCCAUGUCUGCUUCCAAGUCUUGAUCCGACGGCGCCCCCUGCUGUAUGUGGUGGGCCUCCUCAUCCCCAGCAUCUUCCUCAUGAUAGUCGACGUGAUGGGCUUCUACCUGCCUCUGAGCAGCGGCACCCGCAUCGUCUUCAAGAUCAGCACGUUGCUGGGCUACACUGUUUUCCGGGUCAACCUGACAGACGAGCUGCCCGCCACCGCUCUCACGACCCCGCUCAUAGGCAGGAGGACCCUUAUGUUUCACAGGCUCCCGUGUUUGAACUCACUCAAAGCAUGAAUUCCUCUGUGUCAAGGUGUGUUCUUCGCUGUUUGCAUGGCUCUGCUCAUGCUCAGUCUGAUCAAGUCCAUCCUGGUGGUGAAGCUGCUCCACCACAGUGAGAAGGAGGUCCGGGACAUGUCUGUGUCGGCCUGCCUGCUGGACAAGUACGGCCUCGCAGAGAGCACUUUAACCUCCACCAGAACCCUCGACCAAGUCAAUCCAUCUGAAAAUUACGAGUUUGAGGCCUCGCUUGAAGAGGACCUGGAAUCCCUCGUGGACAUCCAAGACAAUCCCUCCAGCCUGGAGUGGCUCCUAAGGGAGCUGGUUUCCCUGCGCCUGGCCUUUUCCCAAGAGGACAGCGAGUCUUCGGCUCAGGAUGAAUGGCUGGCAUUGUGCGCCAAGCUCGAUCGCUUUCUCUUCCGCCUCUACCUGAUUGUUCUGGCCUUGUACGCCGGGACACUGUUGCUACUCUGGGCCAGAUGGAGCUUCGCCUGACAACUACGUUGAGUGCUUUUUGCUGAUUCUGUACAGACUCUCUCCUCUUUGUUGUGUUCAAUAUUUAGGGAGAUUAUUCAAGCAUCGUAUACAUCUUAUUUGCUGACAUCAUAUCAAGCACUUGUGUGAUGUUUGGAGAGCAACAUUCCAAUAACUGAAUAGAAGAGACUAUCGUUAGCAAUUUGCUUCCUUUUGUCCUCCAAAUAAGUUUGUCUAAGCUU